UAAAAUAGUGUCUCUUAAAGAUGAGGAGAAUAUUAACAUGCUUCAUUAUAGCAGUGCAACUAGCUAUUGUAAUACUAUUGGGAAUCAAUCGUAGUGCUAAUGAGAGGGAAAUCAAGAAAGCAUUCAAGAAGCUGUCUCUAAAAUAUCAUCCUGACAAGAACAAAGACAACCCAGAGAAGGCAAAGGAGAGAUUUGUGGAGAUCGCAAAUGCUUAUGAAAUCUUAUCUGACCCUGAAAAGAAGAAGAUCUAUGACCAGUUUGGAGAAGAAGGUUUAGAGCAAGCUCAACAGCAAGAGAACCAAAGAAAUGCAGGCCACGCCCAUGGAUUUGGAGGCAUGAAUAUGGAGGAUGUUUUUGAACAAUUUUACGAGGGAGGUGACGGAUUUAGAGGAGGCCAUGGCCACAACUUCCAUUAUGGAGGAGGUCAACAACAGCAACAUCGCGUUGACCAUUUCGGGAAUUCCGAUGUUGUGAAACUAAAUCUGCAGACAAUUUCUACAUUCUAUAGAAGGAAUAUAGUGUGGAUUGUGUUCUUCUUUGACCCCAAAGACCAGAAAUUAGAAGAGAAAGCUCAGGAUAUCAAAAUGCUCUCAGAGAAAACACAUGGAAUAAUAGGUGUUGGAGCUGUAGACUGUGAGGAAGAUGAAGAGAUUUGAGAGGAAUAUGAAGUCUACGAAGCACCUAAAAUCCUUAUUUUUACAGAGAAAAUGUCUGACUCAGGAAGUCUGUAUAGAGGGAAGUUUAAUUGGAAAUCUAUAUCAAACAAAGCAACUUCUAUGAUGGAGUCUUUUGUCUCUAUUGUUACUGAGAACAAUUUUGGAGACUUUGUUACAAGAGAGAAGGAUGAUUUUAAGGUGCUAUUAUUCACAAGUAAAAAAUCAACUCCAGCAAUUUAUAAAGCAUUAUCUAAAUUUACAAAGCUGAUGACUUUUGGGCUUGUCAGAAGCACAGAUCCUCUGACUCAAAGCUUCAAAAUUACCCAUCACCCAUCUCUGUGAGUAGUCACUGACCAAUUUGAGCACAAAGCAGAUUGCUAUACUGGAGAAAUAUCUUUAGAAAAGCUGAAAGAGUUCUUAAGGCAAUACCUCACUGGCAAGAAGAAUGCUAAUACUAAAACCCAGUCUGGACUUAUUGAGUUAACUCAGAAGAAAUAUGAAACUGGCUUGUGUGGCAGGCAGGAAUCUAAGUUCUGUUUCAUAUUCUUCUCUACUGGCUCUGUCGAGGACAGAGAGACUCUAGCAAAUAUUGAGAAGGAAAUGACUACUUUCACUAAGUCUCCUAUUAUCUUUACAUAUGUGGAUAUGGCCCAGAACGGGGAGUUUUAUAGUAACUUUAAUUCUCAGAAAAGAAUUAUUAUGUACCGCCCAAAGAAGAGCAAGUAUGCUGAGUACUCAAAUGAGAAAACUGAUGCUCACAGUCUGAAUAUAUUUAUUGAUGGUAUUCUUAGCGGUAGUGGUAAGUUCAUCAGACUCAAUUCUACCCCCCAGUUCGACAACAAGAAAGAUGACUUGUAA